GGCCUGGCGUGAUCUGCAGACCAGCGUGAGUGCUUCUGUGGAAAGACUCGGCCUUCUGGACGUACGGCUGUUGUGGAACUGGUGCCCAGUGGCCGACACGAAGAUUUCAUCUCGAGUGCAAGAUUUCGCAUCGUGUUACGCCUUUUAAGAAACGCGCGCCUGCCCGUCCCCGUCGAGAAUUUUCAAAAGAGAACGGACCUUGCGGAGCACGAGGCAUCGGUAUUCUUCUCAGAGUGCUGAAAAAAGAAAGCCAUUUAAGUAUGGUGCAACAUUCUCCCUGCACGAAGCUUAUCGGCCGUAUUCAACGUGACGCGUGUGAAACGAUACUUGAACUCUUGGACGGCGACUCCCGCUUCGCUCUGACUGAGGAAAAAGCCGAGCCUACGAUAGUCGCCCACUGCGAGCACGUUGUCUACACAGUGGCGUUCACUUCUCACACGGGUGAGCGUGCACCGGAUGAAUGCCGUGAGAAGGAGAGCACGGACUACGGGCGCAAGCAGUGGCUCGCCAAGUGCCUCACGCAGGCCUCCGAAGUUGUCCUUCGAUUUGAUUGGCGCUGCGACAACUUACGUGAGCUGUGCUGCGAGAACGGCAUCGUGGGAACUCCGGCGCUCUUGCGCAUGCUGUGCCAGAAGCCCGUGAAUAAGGUGGGCUGCUCGCUUUACGAGAACCACCGCUACGAGCCUUUACUGGAGAAAGACGUCUUUGCAGACAUCAGCAGCAAUUACCAGUUGCUGACUCAGAUGCUCGAGUUCACGUACACGCAGGUGGUAGGUACGCCGCUGAAAGCCGGGUUCUUGGACUGCACCUUAAACGGUUUUCUCGACCUGCAGCGCGUGUACGCUCAUGCCAUACGUAAGGCUACCCUAGGGCUACCGGUCGGCGACGCCUGUAUGAAAUUCAAUACGCACAUCCACGGUGUGCGCAUCUUCCGGUACUCUUGCGAACAAGUACCUCCAACCGCAGUACAUCUUUGCCCCAAUGUCUCGUACAGCUACGUCCAUCUCUCGAACCUGCUGGAGCAGAGGGCGUUGCUUCAGAGUCUGCGUCAUUUUGCCGUCACCGUUCAAACCUAUCCGGAAGCCGCCUGCCGCUUCCUAGGAGCCACUACGGACCAGGAGUGCCGGUAUGGCGUCAGAUCACGUUCACUCGUUCUGCUGCCGUCGCCGCAAUACAUCCGUUCCCAGCGACCUCCGUGCGUGGCCGGCGACUGCCUGGAACUGACGCGCAAAUUCCUGCAUAUGUGCCUCGCCAACAUCUCCGAGCUCAGCCUGACAACCAGCCACUUCUCGUUCGUCUGCGACUUUUGCUUCGGCGUGGUUCCGGUGCUGUCCGAGCUGAGCUUGCUGGAGCUUCCACGGCGCGCCUUCAUUUGCCAAGCUUUGCUGCAGUGGUUCGCGCGUGGAUGCCAGUUCCUCUUCGAGCUGGACGUCAGGAAUGGCGACGCUGUUUCUUGCGCCACCUGCAGUUUGCCGCUGGUGUUCACAGAGCGCGUCUUCGAGUCGCUACUCUGGGAGACGAGGCUAUGGCGGCUGAGCAUCGGCGAGACGGCGAGGAUAAUGUCGUUCACAUUUCCCCUAUGUCGCCUCGUCACCGACGUUCGCUUUAUCCUGGACAGUUUGGCGAGUGUCGCCACCUCUGUUUCCUGCGGUGGGCCCUGCCAUCUCCUCUGCGUCCAUCCCGGGCUCUGUGUGUUAACUAUUGAGUCACUACGGUUUGCGCAUGGCGAUAAGUCGGAUGACUGAUUCACAAUGGCUCACCUUCCGGCAAUGCGACCCUCAUCGGUGCCAUUUCACGUGCUCCGUAUUAGAAAAAAAAAAUAUACGAACAUUCUGACGGUGUCUCCCGUCUGGCUCAAUCUGAGCUGACAGAAGUGGUCGACUGCGAGCGGGUCGUCGAGAGGGUAGCGUUCACUUCUGACACGGAUGUGUGGACACUAUAUGAAUAUCGUCUCAAGUUCAGAGUGCAGCAACGUUGUGCGACGUUACUGUAUUCUUUAGUCUAUUGGAUGCAUUCUUCUCAUAAACGCAGUAAACGUCAUUUCA